AUGGCACUGAUAUUGAGAGCUAUUGCUGCUGAGGUUUGUGAAGAGCUUUUAGCUCCAUGUCCUCCUCAUGUUGAGCUUGCAUUAAAUGGAGUUGAAAUUUUAAUGAAUGCAAGUGGAAGCCACCACCAACUUAGAAAGCUUGAUCUUCGUCUUCAUGCUUUUAUUAGUGCCACUCGUACUCGUGGAGGAGUCUAUAUGUAUAGUAAUCACCAAGGCUGUGAUGGUGGUCGCCUUUACUAUGAUGGAUGUGCCAGUGUUGUGGUAAAUGGUGAUGUUGUUGCUCAAGGUACCCAAUUUUCUUUAAAUGAUGUUGAGGUUGUGGUUGCUCAGAUAGAUCUCGAUGUGGUUACAAGCCUUAGAGGAUGUUUAAGCAGCUUCCAAGAGCAAGCAAGUUGUAAAGUCAAAGUUCCUUCUAUAGAUGUACCAUACAAUCUAUGUCUUCCUUUUGAUCUAAAAACGCGCUUUUCUGUUCCUCAUAAGAUAAAAUAUCAUUCUCCUGAGGAGGAAAUUGCAUUUGGACCUGCUUGUUGGUUGUGGGACUAUUUACGAAGAAGUGGAGCAUCGGGUUUUCUGCUCCCUCUUUCUGGUGGAGCAGAUAGUUCUUCUGUUUCUGCGAUUGUAGGGUGUAUGUGUCAGCUUGUUGUGAAAGAAAUUGCAAAUGGGGAUGAACAAGUUAAAGUUGAUGCAAUACGAAUCGGAAACUAUAAGGAUGGAGAGUAUCCUACAGAUAGUAGAGAAUUUGCUAAACGAAUAUUUUAUACUGUGUUCAUGAGAUCUGAAAACAAUUCGAAAAUGACCAAGUCGCGAGCCAAAGUGUUGGCAAAUGAAAUUGGUUCAUGGCACCUUGAUGUUAGCAUCGAUGGACUUGUAUCUUCUUUUUUGUCAUUGUUUCAAAGACUUACAGGAAAGCAACCACGCUACAAGGUAGAUGGUGGAUCUAAUAUUGAGAAUUUAAGCUUGCAAAACAUUCAAGCUCGAAUCAGAAUGGUGCUAGCCUUCAUGUUAGCGUCACUCUUGCCUUGGGUUCACAACAAACCUGGGUUUUAUCUUGUCUUGGGGAGCACUAAUGCAGAUGAAGGGUUGCGUGGUAACUUAACAAAGUACGAUUGCAGCUCAGCGGAUAUAAACCCUAUUGGAAGCUUAAGUAAGCAAGAUCUUCGGGCGUUCCUGCGAUGGGCAGCCAUUCAUCUUGGUUACUCAUCCUUAGCAGAUAUUGAAGCAGCUCCACCCACAGCUGAACUCGAGCCUAUACGUUCUAACUACACUCAGUGCGAUGAAGUUGAUAUAGGAAUGUCUUAUGAGGAACUAUCAGUUUAUGGAAGAUUACGAAAAACUUUUCGUUGUGGUCCAGUUUCCAUGUUCCAGAACCUAUGUUACAUAUGGGGUGCAAGAUUGAGUCCAUCACAAGUGGCUGAAAAGGUUAAACACUUCUUCAAGUAUUAUUCUAUCAAUCGACACAAGAUGACCACCAUGACACCUUUCUAUCAUGCUGAGAGUUAUUCAUCUGAGGAUAAUAGGUUUGAUCUUCGCCAGUUUCUUUACAAUACAAGAUGGCCAUAUCAAUUUCGAAAAAUCGAUGAACUUGUACAUGAGUUAGAUGUUAAAGAUGUUCAAACAUUAGGAAACCAUGAUAUUGUGGCAGCUAUAUCCAAUGAUGUUGGUGGAAUGGAAGUUGCAAUGGCGGCUCUAUCAAAUGGAUGUCGUGGAGCGGGAGUUGCAGUGGCAGCUCUAUCAAAUGGUGUUGGUGGGAUGGGAGUUGGUGCAGCUGCAGGUUCAGGCAAUUCAAAUGUUUAAAUUGAACCUUCAUAUCUAUUGGUGUUGGUGGGAUGGGUGUUGCAUGUGCAAGAUUGCAAAUAUGGUCCAGACAAUAUUACUUUAUUAAUGUUUUAGUUCAGUUUAUGUUUUAGUAGUUUUAAGUUCAGUUUAUUUUCCAGUAUUCUAUCAUGGUAUAAUUAUAGCAACAUGAAUUCAGUGGGUAGUUAUCAUUCAAUUCAUUGUUGCAAUUGCUUUAAUUGUUCUGCUACAACUUUAUAAAGUAACAACAAA